AUGGGCAACACAAGCAAAAAACUAGCAGCAAAGUGUGCGCUACUGACUAGGGAGGAGCAGAAAUUCAUAGCUAACACGUUCCGCGCUGCUAGUAAGAACUCUGACAAGAUCCGAGAGGAGGACCUCAUCGUGAGUGGGAGAUUAGACGCUGAAUUGCUUGAAAAAUUAUGGGGACCACAAAUAGAUCCUCGGCUGUCUCAGUUCCUAACGAACUACCUGUUCGGCCAGCCCGGGGGCACCAAAGGCCAGUCCUGCGAUUUCAACAGAUUCGCCGAACUCUACGUUUAUAAUGUAAGAGGGACAACAGAGGAGCGGCUCACGGUAGUGUACAACAGUCUAGGGAAAGAGUUUACGGAGACCACAGAACUGCCUUACCAGUUAUUGAGGGAGUACUGCGAAAGUAUAGCCUCGACAUACAUAAGGAUAAUCAAGUCAUCGGCAGCGCCAUGCGCAAAACAUUGGAUAGAGAAAGGGUUUCGAGGCAAGGCGAGUAACGUGCAAGCAUUGGGCGAGGCAACCGCCUCGACCGCCGGCAAAGAUGUCGACACACCCGCUAUGAGUUGUGAUUCUAAAGGCCUUUAUUCAUGGCUUCAAUCAAACACCCUCCUACAUCAAAUGUCGGAACUGGUAUUUCAUAAUCUAUAUGGACUAGACCGCGAUUACCGAAGUAACGAGCGCGUCGACGAGCCCUCCGCUUCCGUAUUUCGUAACCCUACCUGCUCGCUACUGCCAGAUCCAACUGGCAUUGAAAGUAUGCCAGACUACCCAGCGUUCAUCGAUUUGUGCCAUAUUGUAUGGUUGAACAGCCAUCUUCCCCGCAAACAUCAGGACAAGUGGCGGUUCCUCUUCUCUUCGCAUAUUCAUGGGGAAUCAUUCUCCACUAUGGCCGGUCGCAUCCAAGAAUCGGGUCCAUCGUUGUUGAUAGUGGAAGAUUCAAGUGGCUUCAUCUUCGGGGGAUACGCGUCUGAGUCAUGGCAGAUAUGCCCAAACUUCUACGGUGACGACAGCUCGUUCCUGUUCACUUUGGCGCCGCGCAUGCGAAUCUACCCUGCCACCAACUUCAACAACCACUAUCAGUACAUGAAUCAGAACACCAAGACGUUACCUAAUGGACUGAUGAUGGGUGGCCAAUUUGAGUUCGGUGGCAUCUGGAUAAAUGCGGAUCCCUUCGGUCACGGCUUCUCCGCAGAAUCUUGCAGCACCUACCGAGGGUUCAAACGACUUAGCAAAGAGGCUGAGUUCAAGAUACGCAGCCUCGAGGUUUGGGGAGUCGGAGAGAAGCCGUUGACUGUUAAAGAAUCGGACGAACGUGACGUCAGCUGUCUGGACAUGAAUCCCGAAGCCAAGGCAAUCCUCGAGAUGGCUGGACGCCCGCGUCACUCUGAAGGCGUUCGAGAACCACCACCUUUAUAAUGAACACCAUAGUGUCAAUAGGUAAUGUAUAGUCUGUUUCAAUCCAUUUUACAGUAAAAGUAAACAAGCCAAUUCUGAAGCAAUCACUCAAUAAAAGGAACAAGUAACACUUUCACAUAUAUUUUGAACAUUCCCACUUGAUAUCUCAUUGAUUUUUCCAACAAUAUUCAUUUGAAUAGCAACUUAAAAUCGUAUUUGAAACAUGUUAGGCCAAAUUUUUCAAAUUUAGAAGUAUGGAUUGUCCAUGGUUACAUAGCGCUGUUUCGAAUCGUAUACUUUUUGUUAGUAAUUAGCAGCGAAAUCACAAAAAGAACUGUUAUUCCAACUGAUUCAAUUAAACAAAUUGAUUCAUUCAAUUGAUCAAUUGAUUUGUAGGUGGCAAUACAACUGGCCAUCACUAAUAUGUCUAUGGUCGGGUCAGUGAACUGUUUAUUUACUUUUAUGUAUAAUGGAUUGAAACGAACUAGAAUUAGGUAACGUGCACCUAUGUCAAGUGUUUUGGGUAACUUUUUCCUACCUAGGUACAACUUAAAAUACGCUGGAUACCUCUUUUUGUAAACAACACUAUAGUGUUAGGCAAAUAAAUUACCUAAGUAACUGUUAAACAUGGUUCUAGGUAACGUAGGGUCGGUGCCCUUAGAUAUCCACUAUUUGUACUAAGUGAUAAUGCAAAUAGUGUAUACCUAAGAGGGGGCACCGACUGUACAGUUGAUGUCCAGGUGACCUGUCCCCUUACCGGCCAUUUCGUUCUGAAUAGAUGAAGAAAAGCGUUAAACAAAUUUAACCUUUAACCUGUGAGCCGUAAAAUUCAUUUUGGCAUGUGUUCCGAUAGUUAUUGACUUUUUGACGAUCUCAGUGGCACCGUGGGCGCUGGAUGAUAAGGUGCCAGGCUUGAGUACCGGUUGGACCAAUUUGGGAAAUGAACUUUAUUAAAUUGAUUCUUAUCUGAUAUUUUUAAACUAUCCUCGCGGAUUUGUAUCUCGGUUAUGGAAAUAUGAUUAUGCAAAAUAGAAAUGAAAUGCUGAAUAGUUCUGAAUUUGAGGUACUGUUGCUGAAACAACAGUACCUUACUGAAAAGUGCCCCAGAGUGAAUUUCGUUGCUCUGGUACUCAUAGUACAGGGAAUUAUCUAGUUUGAGACCAGGCAAUUGGUGUCGUUGUCUGGCACAUUAUUAUCAUUUUAAGAAACUUUAAUCUACCAUCGCGAAUGUGUGUCUCGUUUAUGGAAAUAUGAUUAUGAAAUAGAAAUUAAAUACUUGAAAAUUUUGAAUUUGAGGUACUCUUGUUCAAACAACAGUACCUUACUGGGAAGUGCCCCAGAGUGAAUUCCGUUGCUUUGGUACUCAUAGAACAGGGAAUUACCUAGUUUGGGGCCAGGCAAAAUUGGUUUGGUUGUCUGGCAAGAAACUUCUUAAAUUUAUUUGAUCUUUAAGGUAUACUUACUUAAAUACAAAAUACACAUGCAACCAUGAAGCUGGAAUUCAUUGAGCAUAUAUGUAGAAUGCGUAAGAAGGCUCUUAGAAUCAAAAGGUCGGCCACAGAUCAGGUAUCUUUGGGUAUCGGCUGUACAUCCCGGAAAAAUAGUCCUAGAUAACUUUUUUCAUGUUACGCACAAAUCUUUGUAAAAACUAAAGUAAUUUAACAAUUAAAUAUAUACCUGGAUGUCUAUAGUUUUUAUUCUUGGUGUAGUAUAAUUUUAAUAUCGUUGUAAAAUAUCGAAAUUUAUUGUUGUGCAGUUGCUUUAAUGUUUCCUCAUAGAUCUGUUUAGUUGUCUUUUAAAUGCUAAUUAAUUAUAAUAUUUGAAAGAUUACAAAUUUGAAAUUUAUCCAAAAUGAAAGUACGAGUACAGUAGUUUUAUUUUCAGAAAUAACUUUUAACUUUAAAUCCUGUGCACUUUACAAAUCUAAAAAUUAAAUUUGUAACUUUUCAAAUUAAUGCAAUUUUAGAAUAAAAUACAAUGUUAGUCAUAGCUCAUAGCAAUAAUGUAAGCAUUUAGAAGAUUUUGGAUUUGUGCCUUUUUUCUCAAUGUGAAUAAUGUUCUGUUUUUUUUGGAAAUACUACUUUUUAUAAUACGAUUGUAGAUCAGAGAAAUUUUAAUAUUUAUUCUUUGCUUAUACCUAAAUUAAUUACAAAGAUAAGGACCCAGACUAGUACCCUGUGGUACUCUAUCUAUGACAUGUGUCGUUCAUCGUGAAAGUGGUGUAACUCCAUAUUUUAAAAAUACAUAUUUGUUUAUAGAUAGGUAGAUAAAUAAAACGUUUAUUAUUCACUUUACAAGGUAUAUAACACAAAAGCACAUAGAACAUAAAUUAGUACACAUUGAUAUGAAAACACAUUUGUACAGACAAACAAAAUUUAAUUCUGGUCGUACCUUCACUUUGUGAUGAAAUGGCCCUGACUCAGCAUAAAUACUGUAGACCGUGACAAGUCGAACAGCGCUGGUUUUCUGCCAGUCUGGUGUGCGAUCGCAAUUUUUCCUAAUUUUGCUUAAUGGUAUCACGUUUACGGUAUCAUAUCUUUAAUUAAGUAUAAAAGUGAAGUAACUCUGAUGCUUGCAGUUUAAUCCAGUAGACUUCUUACUUGUUUAUUCAUGAAACUAAAAUAGCUAAAUAUUCAUUAUAAAAGUGAAGUAAGUCAUAAAAUUAAAUUAAAAGGAGAUAAUUCACUUUGACGAUGAACGACACAUAUUCUUUCAUUGUGUCAAAUUGGUGCCAUUUUGAUUCGAAAAAAAUUCGAGAAUUUAAAAAUAUUAGAUUUAGUUAAUAAACGCCUUAUAUUAUGUCGUUGCUUUAUAAAGUAUCGAAUAGUGCAAUGUGAAUGUAUAAUUAUAAACUAAAUGUCUAUGGAAUAUUUGAAACAGUUAUUUCUGUUGCUUAAUGUGGUUAAUUAGAUACUGAAUUUUGGACUAAUUGAAAUGCACAUUGUGUUCAGUGCCGGAUUAAGUGCCUUGGGGGCCCAAAAUAUUUUAAAUUUAUAAUUGAUGUGUCAAUUUAUAAUCGAUGUGUGAUUUCCCCUUACUCAUGUCCCUAUUACUAAAAAUAUUAUAUUAUGGACGAGCCGAAAUUUUUUAACUGUCUACAAAAGUAGAGAGGUCGCUGUCUAUGAUGGUAAAAGCAAGAGGUAUGUGAUAAUAGGGGACCGUAACGAGCCCCGAAAAAUUUUGACAUACCUCAAGAAAAUUGGUAACAAAACAAUUUUUUUUAAAUAGUUUCAUUUUCAAAGUGUAGUUAUCGCGAAAACCUAAGAAGUCAAUAAAAUUAAAGUACUCAACACCUGACAAAUUGAAAAAUCACAAAUAAGGUAUGGGCGAAUGUAAAGAGCUCGUUUUUACUUAAAAUCCUUUGUCCUUGUUAUGGACUGGAUAAAGCAAAUGAACCAAACUGUCAUUUAAUUUCUGUAUUAUUUAGGAUUCCACUUUCAACAACAACCCUUAUACCCUCUAGAUGUUUGAGAAUCUUCUAGACAGGAUCUAGAUUAAACUGCUAUUGCUAACAAUACUGUAGUUAAAUAACAUUACAGUUAAGUAAAGAAAAAAAAAACAAAAAUUAGAUUGUCCCCUGGCUCUCACACUACCCUAAUACUCGCAAAUCGGGUUUAUGUAAUCGGUGUCCCCGGAGACAUGGUGCCCUAAAUAUGUAUUUAUUUUUCUUAUUGGUAUAUCCGGCACUGGUGUGAAUUGUAAUAUUUUUUAAGGGGUCCUCUAAUUACGUAGACAUUUUAUCCUUCAACACGUCUAUGGCGCAAUUGGACCUCUUCCUAAAUUACAACUGGCUUUAGUAGUAAUUUUUGAAAAUGUUUUUAUAAAGAAUCAGUAAACAUAUCCCCUCAUGUGUGGACCGAACAGUCUAUUUAUAGCGUACCGACGUCAAAGGUCGCGCAUAACGGACCGCUGAUUUAAUAAUAAUAAUAACGCACACACUCAACAUAGCCCCGCACUGGAGAAACCCUGUGCAGGGAAACACACAUAGACAAUCACAAAUUACACCCAAACUCACGAGAGAAAUAAAAGUAGGCCAUAGAAAUAUUUCUUCUGGUCCGGGACAGGUUCGAUACCUGGGACCUUUGCGGGGCAGUCCGGCAUGGUAACCGAUCGGGAAGGUAGUUAUUUGUACAUUUGGAGUAAUUUGAUUCUCAGUUUUCAGUUUAAAAAACAGCAGUUGUAUAUACAUCUAUCUUCGUCUCGUCUAUUGCAAUAAGCUUAAGCGAGCUUUCAUUUGAAAUAAAUAAAUUUUAAAAAGGCCCCCCUUUUGCAAUGGUAAAAACGUGUACGAUUUUGGUUCAAAACUUAGGGUCGUAUUCCAGAACUCUACUCAAUGCUCAAGUCAGGAUUUGAGCAGACUUGAGUAUGAUUUCAAGCACUGGAAAUAUGACUCUAAUGGCAAGGACUUGAGUAUGAUUUUCGGC